CUGUGCAGCUUUGGGGCGUAUGUGUGCUGGCGGCGGAGCACGGGGCCGGGUGGGUGGCGCGCUGCAGCCAUGGGAGGCAAACCGAGCCGCCAGCAGACGCCUGUGGAGCGAAUACGGCACGACUCGGAUCCCAACCCGCUGCAGGGGAAGUCGACCAGCUCCGCGCCGCAGCCGCCCGGCCACCGCUACAGCUACCACGGUGACAGUCCGAGCAGCACCAGCCUGUCUCCGACCCCCGGCGGACGCCGUAUCAGCUAUGGCGGUACGGACCAGGUGGACAGAGCGCUGCGGGCUCCGACCAAACACUCCCAGUUCGCCUUCACGGCCGAUGACCACUCCGGCUCCAGUGAUGAGGACCCCAACGGCAUCACGCUGUCCAACACGACUCGCAGCAAGCUGAAGCUGCUGACGAAGCGGAACGAGAUGCGGAAGGGUCUGGAGCGGGCCGGCCAUCGGGAGCCUGCUGAUCCUCACCACUCGCACAAGGAGGAACGGGUCCGCAACGGCCGCCACCCGGAGACAGAGGGCGUGAACGGCGCCGUCCACUCCCGGCUCGCAGCGAGAAGGAACAGCCAGCUGACGGUGCCUGCUGCCAACGGGCCUCCCACCCUGAGCUCCCCACGCCAGGCGCCGCCGAGGCGAGCCGUCAGCCACGAGAGGACGCACCUCGCGCGGCCCGGAGCGCACGGACCUCACCUCUCCGGCUCAGAGAAGCAGCCGCACGCGCCUCCCAGCCCCAGCAUAGAGCGCAAGUCUGGCAGCAUGCAAAAUCUGGCCACCCACCGACCGAAACAGCCCACACUGCCAAAGUCAAAAACGUUCGGUGCCGACAUGAACAAGUCCAGCGUUCCGAGCAGCGCCAGCUCCGUGUUCGGCCAGCAGCUGGAGCGGUUCGCCAACCCGCGGCAGGCGCUGGACGAGGCCUACCGCAAACUCAACUCGGACGACUGGGAGCGCGAAGUGUCGGGUCUGACCGACCUGGUGCGCCUGUUCCGACACCACCCGGAUACAGUCAGCGGCGACCUCAAGACGGUCGUGGCCGCCAUCGUGAAGCAGAUGAAGAACCUGCGCUCUCAGGUGCUGCGCGCCGCCGUGCAGACCAGCGCCGAGAUGUUCCAGCACGUCGGCAAGGCGGCAGAGCCGAACAUGGAGAGCAUGGUGGCCAUCCUCCUGCAGAAGACCAGCGACACCAACAAGUUCAUCAAGGCCGACAGUAACCGGGCGCUGGACAUGAUGCUAGAGAACGUCUCCGUCUCUCGUGCCGUAGCGGUAGUGAUCGGGGAGGGCCUGGGCCACCGCAGUAGUCAGGUGCGGGCCACAGUGGCCCGACUGCUGGCGGCUGUGGUCGCCCGGCUCGGCCCCGCCGGCUCACUGGGCGGACAGAAGGACAUCACGGACAAACUGGUGCCGGCUGCCGCCCAGCUGGUCAGAGAGGGAGACCUGCAGACACGGAUUCAUGCCAAAGAGAUUUUCCACGUAUGGCUCCAGCAUCCAGACCUGGACAAAGUACUAAGCAAAUAUCUGAAUAGCACCGUGAAGAGAGACAUCGACAAAGUGAUUGACAACAUGCGGAACGAGGGCUCUAAGAAGAAAACGUCUGCUCCAGGAAAACGUGGCUUUGGCAGUAAGGUUCGACUAAACCGGACAAUGUAAUAGCGCACUUCACAAAGAUACAGCAUGGACUGCGGCUGGUUCAAUGGACAUCCACAUUAAUUCAUCGCAUACCGAACUCUUCUGCUAGUGUAGUGCUAGCCAGCGCUAGUGGCACUUGCGCUACAAGAUCGGUUGGUGACAGUGAUCGGAAGAAUGUGAACUGACCGGAAGGUGAAGACCGCAGAAAUUGAAUAUUAUCCGUCCAGAAGUUCCGCACACUGGCAGAAGGAACGGUGGCUGUUGGUGCGGGGAUUGUUGGUGCGGUAGCUGUUGACCGGGGUGACUGUUGGCCGGCGAUGGCUGUUGGCUCGCAUUGGCUGCUGGUCGGCAAUGACUGUUGGCUGGCGGCUGGCUGACAUGCAGCAGCUGCAGGUGCACUAACUGUGAGUGCAGCGACUGGGGAAUGGUGGGUUGAGGUGGAGCGGUGGCCGGACGCGGGGCCGA